GUGUAUCUAUAUAAUUCAUUUUGCUUCAUUUUCCUAUAUCUUCUCCGAUCCAUCGCCCCCUCGUUAUUUGUCUCUCUCGACUUUUGUUGAUUGAAUCUUUUGCUUGUGAAGGGGUUAGGGUUUUCGAGAGAUGGGGCAACAGUCUUUGAUCUACAGCUUCGUGGCACGUGGAACUGUGAUCCUCGCGGAGUACACCGAGUUCGCCGGUAAUUUCACCAGUAUCGCCGCUCAAUGUCUCCAGAAACUCCCUGCUUCCGACAACAAGUUCACCUAUACCUGCGAUGGCCAUACCUUCAAUUACCUCGUUGAGAAUGGUUUCACCUACUGUGUAGUUGCUGUUGAAUCUGUUGGCAGGCAAGUUCCGAUUGCAUUUCUGGAAAGAGUUAAGGAAGACUUCAAUAAGAGAUAUGGAGGAGGGAAGGCUGCAACUGCUACGACCAAAAGCCUGAAUAGAGAAUUUGGGUCCAAACUGAAGGAGCAUAUGCAGUACUGUGUGGACCAUCCUGAAGAGAUCAGCAAACUUUCUAAAGUGAAAGCUCAAGUUUCUGAAGUCAAGGGUGUUAUGAUGGAAAACAUUGAGAAGGUCCUUGAUCGUGGUGAGAAGAUUGAGUUGCUGGUGGAUAAAACUGAGAACCUUCGCUCACAGGCACAAGAUUUUAGGCAGCAGGGAACAAAGAUGAGAAGAAAGAUGUGGCUUCAGAAUAUGAAGAUAAAAUUGAUUGUUUUGGGUAUCCUCAUCGCCUUGAUUCUCAUCAUCGUGCUGUCAGUCUGCCAUGGCUUCAAUUGUUAAUCUGCCUCGGAUUUACUUUGUUCAAACACUUUUCUGCAUUGCUGACAGUUUGUCUUGAUUGAUUGGUUUGCUUUACAUCAUUGUUCUAAGGUGCGCAUUUCUCCCUUUGCUUGCCAUGUAGUACAAUAGAUGGAGACUUUGUAUCUUGGUUGAUUGUAUAGAUCAUAGUUUGAACUUCCUACGAUAGAUAUAUAUAUCCAUUAAUCAUUUCUUC